AUGGCGCAAGACGUCGAGUCAAGGAAUAGACCGAGCGGGCCACCGUCGUGGGCAUCGAUCCCUAACAAAUUCCAGCUCUUCGUCAUUUGCAGUGUCCGAAUCGCAGACUUCUUCCAGCAAGCGGCCAUCCAGGCAUACAUGUUUUACCAGCUCAAGUCAUUCUCGCCGUCUGCUCCGGACAGCCAGAUUUCCUUCGAGGCCGGCGUGUUGCAGGGAGUGUUCACGGCGGCGCAAGUGUUCACGGGCAUACUGUGGGGCAGGGUGGCCGACUCACCGAAGUUUGGGAGAAAGAGUGUUCUCCUGAUCGGGCUGACGGGACAAGGACUGAGUUGCGUGGGCGUGGCGUUCUCUGGAAGUUUCACGACCGCCGCCGUGUGGAGGUGUUUAGGAGGCGCGGUCAAUGCGACGGUCGGAGGGGCGCGAACCUCGUUGGCAGAAUGCACCGAGAAGAGAUACCACCCGAAAACGUUUCUACUGUUGCCCUUGGCUUGGAACAUUGCCAACAUCUUCGGUCCGCUGGUCGGCGGGCUCCUGUCCGACCCCGUGGCCAACUACCCGGGGCUAUUUGGGCCGAACUCGACCUUCGGGGGCGCGGAGGGCGUCUCCUGGCUCAAGAAGUUCCCCUACGCAGCUCCGAAUCUGUUCUGUGCAUUCGUCCUUUUCGCCGAUGCGGGCCUUGUCUGGCUGGGACUGCGCGAGACCCUGAUCACCAAGAAAGACCAGCGCGACCCCGGACUCGACCUCGCCGAAACCAUUCGCAUUCGCCUCCGCAAUCUCCUUUUCAAGCGCUUCGGAUAUACCCAGCUCAACCAAAGCGAUGCCGUAGGAGGAAUUGGCGACGAUGACGACGACGAGGGAACUAUGGCCUCCGGGGUGCAGCUCACGGAUCUGCCUGUGAAAAAGGAAGUGGACACCAUGGUGAUGACGGAGCAAUCAGCCAAGGGCACCGCCAGUAUGAGCGACAUGUCGACGCCUCCAGAGGCGCCCAAAACCUCACCACCGUUCUACCACGCCCUCACACGCAAUGUGCUCCUGGUGCUGGCGACGGUGGCGAUCAUGGAUUUCCAGAUGGGCGGCUUCACGUCUUUGUGGACCAUGUUCCUGUCGUCGGCGCGGCGGACAGACGAGGAGAAGACCACCGUGCAUCUCCCGUUCGUCUUCACCGGUGGCCUACAGUUUUCUCUGCCUACGAUCGGGCUGGCCAUGUCCAUUCUGGGCUUCAUCGGCAUCUUCCUGCAGCUCACAUUGUAUCCGUCCGUCAACGCGCGGUUCGGCCUGCUCCGUUCGUUCCGCUGGUCGCUGUUCGCGUUCCCUGUCGCCUAUGCGCUCGCGCCGUAUCUGUCGCUGCUGAUUUCGCAUUCGUUCCUGCUAUGGGUGGGCAUUGUUGUUGUCGUUUUGUUGCAGGUCUCCGCCCGCACCUUCGCCAUUCCGGGCUCGGUCUUGCUAAUCAACAACUCGAGCCCCAGUCCCGCCAUGCUUGGGACUAUCCACGGUAUGGGCGCCGCCACGUCCAGUGCCUUCCGGACCAUCGGCCCUAUCGUCGCCGGUCAUUGGUAUGCGCAGGGCUUGCAAAUGGGGGUCAUUGGCUGGGCGUGGUGGUGCUUGAGUUUGGUUUCUCUGCUUGGGGUGGUGCCGAGCUACUGGGCCCGAGAUGGGCGGUAG